AUGGAGAUAAUGCAAACAAUGCAAAUAAUGGAAAUAAUGCCCCUAUGUAUUCAAUACCCACAGCUAGAUGCCAACUUCGAACUUAAGUCUGGACUGAUCCAUUUGUUGCCCAAGUUUCAUGGCCUUGCAGGAGAGGAUCCACACAAGCAUCUGAAAGAGUUUCAUGUGGUUUGCUCAACCAUGCGGCCACAAGGAGUAGAUGAAGAGCAGAUCAAGCUGAGAGCCUUCCCAUUCUCACUUGAUGGAUCAGCCAAAGAUUGGCUCUACUACCUGCCACCAGCUGCUAUCACCAGCUGGGAUGGAUUGAAGAGGAUCUUCCUGGAAAAAUUCUUUCCAGCCUCCAGAACAGCAUCAAUAAGGAAGGAAAUUUGUGGUAUAAGGCAGAUGAGUGGUGAGACUCUACAUGAGUAUUGGGAGAGGUUCAAGAAGUUGUGUUCCAGCUGCCCUCACCAUCAGAUAAGUGACCAACUCCUAAUUCAAUAUCUCUAUGAAGGUUUAAUCCCCAUGGACAGGUACUUGGUAGAUGCUGCAAGUGGAGGAGCCUUGGCAGAGAAGACCCCAGCAGCUGCACAAGAGCUGAUAUCAAAGAUGGCACAAAAUGCCCAGCAGUUUGGCACCAGAAUUAACACUCCUACAAAAGCCAUAAAUGAAGUCAAUGUGGCUGCCACUAUGGACCAGCAAAGGAUGGAAAACAAGCUUGAGGAAUUGGCUUCCAUGGUCAGGCAGUUGGCAUUAGAGAGAAAGCAACAGCAACUUUGUGGCAUUUGCUCCUUGCCAUCCCAUACAACAGACCAAUGCCCACAGUUGCAAGAAAAUAAUGAGACAUGUGCAGGCAUUUUUCCUGGAAGACCAUUCCAGCACCAGCAGCACAGCCAACCACAACCUUCCAAUAGGUAUGACCCAUACUCAGAUGAUCUUGUCAAACAACUAGCAGCCAAUACACUCCAAUUCCAACAGAAAACAGAAACCACCAUUCAAAAUUUGGAGACCCAAAUAGGCCAGCUAGCCACAAACAUCAAUGAGUUAAGGAGUCAAGGUUCGGGGCAGCUUCCUUCACAACCAGUUGCCAAUCCAAGGGGUAAUGUUAGUGCCAUCAUGCUUCGAAGUGGGAAAGAAGUGAUCAUCCCAACCCCUCCACCAUCAUCAAACAAAGAGCAGCAUGCAGAGCAGCAGAAUGUAGAGGGUAGCAAAGAGCAGCAACCUUCCUCAGUCCAAGAAGCCAAGCAGCCAAACUCCAGCUAUCAAGAACAAGGAGAGUCUUCCAACAUCCAGCCCCUACCAUUCCCACAUCGAGCAACACAAAACAAGAAAAGAGCAGAAGCCGAAGUGGAUAAAGAGAUUCUGGAAACAUUCCAGAAAGUUGAAGUCAACAUUCCCCUCCUUGAAGCCAUUAGACAGAUCCCCAAGUAUGCAAAAUUUCUCAAGGAUUUGUGUACUCACAAGAGGAAGCUUAUGGGGAAUGAGAAGAUCAACCUUGGGAGAAAUGUCUCUGCCCUUAUCCAACCUGCCAUGCCAGCAAAGUGUAAAGAUCCAGGGAUGUUCUCCAUUCCUUGUACUAUAGGAGACAUGCAAUUUAGCAAUGCUUUACUAGAUUUAGGUGCAUCCAUUAAUGUCAUGCCUAACUCUAUUUAUGCUUCAUUGCAGUGUGGUCCUUUAAAGCCAACAGGAGUGGUUGUCCAACUAGCCAAUAGAAGUACUGCACACCCCACUGGAGUCCUAGAAGAUGUGCUGGUUAAGGUUAAGGAUUUAAUCUUUCCAGCAGAUUUUUAUGUUUUGAAUAUGGAAGAUAACAGCACACUUGAGCAUGCACCCUUGAUCCUAGGGAGACCAUUCUUAAAAACUGCUAGAACUAUUAUCAAUGUGCAUGAGGGUACACUUUCCAUGGAAUUUGCUGGUAACACAAUUAACUUCAAGAUACUUGAUGCCAUGAAAUUCCCUGUCGAGGAUCAUUCCACUUUUCAAGUAAAUAGAGUUGACCUAUUAGUG